GAGAGAAUCAACACAGCCAUAGGUUCCAACCAAUUUCUCUGCAUUUAACGAAGGGCAAAUCUCGGGUAGAAAAGGGGCCACGUGCAACGAUGAGCCAAACUGCUUCUGAAUGGGGUUUCUUACAGCGUGGUACGGAAUACAGCAGUGCGCGGCCCAAUCAGCGCUCCCGACUAUCAAUCGCAUCGGGAAGGUGUAGACAGACAGGCUGCAGAGGUAAUGACCGGCGUUGUUAUGUGGGGCGACAAGUGCGGCCCGAGUCGCUUCCGCGUCACCGGCGCGGUUCAGGCCCCGGAGUGCUGCCUACCAUUGUCUCUAUUGAGCUGUCACCAGCGGGCAACUUUGCGUCGCGCCCAAAGCCGGGGCGGCAGGUGGCAGCCCCUCGAGCAGCACUUGUCGCGGGCCGAGCGCUGCGACUCGCCAAGGACCACGGAAUGUCCCAAACCGGCUCGCGUCACGAAGGUCAGAAGCCCGCGCAGUGCAAGAGUCACGACGCUCCCAGCCGCAGUCGACAGCCACCGAUGCAGAGCGCGCUCAAGAAGGCGGUCGGCGUGUUUGCGGCCGUACUCCUUAUGUCUGCCGUGGCGAUGAUCGCCGUCGGUAGCCACUGGCAUGGUCGGCUGUCGCCGUACUCCAACUUUUACACCGGUCGUCUGGGCACACCUAUCAUCCUGAUCGUGAUGGGCGUGCUGUCCUUCCCGCUGGCCCUGCUGCUAGUUCCCGGCUUGCGGCGCGACAACUACCGGGCGCUCUACAUGUUCGCCGGUAUCCUGGCCUGCAUGAUAGCCUGCGAGAUCGCCGCCGCCGUGGCCUCAUUCGAGUACCGGCACGUGAUUGGCGCCGCCGUGCGCAGCGUGGUCGUGCGAGACUUGGACGGCUGCCAGGGAACCGGGCUCGAAUUCGCGCAGCGCACGCUACACUGCUGCGGCGGACCCAAUGGUUCGCACGACUACCGCGCCCGGGGCCUGGCCAUUCCGCCGUCGUGCUGCCCGCGGGGCUGCCAGGGCUACGGCGCGCACCGGGCCUCCUGCGACUAUCGGCUCGAGGGCCUCUUCAACCGCGCCAUGAUCGACGUUGGUUCCACGGCCAUCGCGCUGCUUUGCAUCCGCUUCAUGGGCGUGCUGCUUGUCUGCUGGCAGGCGUACAGGCUGUCCACUGAUAAUGCGCUCAUAUACACUGUCAACCAGUAAGGCUGGUCCCCACGUCUGGCACUAAUGACAGCGUACUCUUACUGCAAGACAAAGGGGGUAUUAGGUGCGCGUGUAAAAACUGGGAAAUUGUCCUCUGAGGUCAUCUCCAACACCGAACGUUAGACUGGCCGAAAUGUUUGAUUGCCCUGGAUAACAAUAUCCUGGAACUGAAAACAAAAUUGGGCAUUUACCUAUGCACUUACGGUUGCAACAUACCACCAAGACGUCAAGCCCUAGACAAUAUCCAAAUUCUGCUGCGAGACAGCCAAGGAACUUGAGUCCCAGCAAAGACUGCCUCAAAGUGCAUAUACUGAUUGGUUAUGGCAGCAAAUGUGAAUCAUUACACUGCAAUGUAAAGAGGAUGCACAUCCUUUGCUCUUUUGCCAUCGGUGGCAGAAAGCUACAUUCGGCUAAAACUUGCAACAAUCACGUCGUACUGCGCUAAACACAAAAUUCACUAUAGCUGGUUCACAGGACUCGUAAUGAGUAUUACAAAAGGCCAAUACUUGCAAGCAAAAAGACAAGCAGCUUUUUGCGCUUUCCUGCAGUCAUUGUCCAUGUAAAACUGCGUUGAUUCCACAUUACUAUGUUGUGUUCAGUCACAUAAAUGUGGCAUCUAGUAUAAGGGCGUUAAAGUCUCAUUCACUAGAUUCCUACCACAUUGCUUGCUUUCCCAUUGUAGCUGUGGUGUACUGGGCCAUGAGCACGCAGUGAAAAGGAGGACCUCACACCUUCCAGUGUCCCAGGCUUUGGUGGUUUGGCCUAUUCUAAAUGGGCGAGACUGCAAGUUCUGCCCACCGGACACGCCCAACACCUCGCGCCAUAUGGUGCUGGGAUGCAGGAAUAACCCACACGUACCACCAUCAUCACCACCACCAAACGGUAACAAGCAGGAAGAAGCGCAUUCAGAGGAAGAUUCGGAAGACCAGUGGGAGGCUCUGCUGGUGACGCAAGACCCUGAAAACCAGCUACGGUUGGUGAACAGGGCUCGGGCAGCGGCAGCGUGCCAUGGCUACCUGGACUGAGGAGGCCACCCACCUUUGGGCUCAAGAAGCCUGGUUUAACAAUAAAGUUUGUUUCUCUCUCUCUCUUGUGGAGAUUUAAGGUAGCUGUGGAGACUUAAAUACAUACUUGCUAAGAUAUUCAUGUAUGCUUCUUGUGCUACGUUCACAAUGCAGUGCCUCCAUGACCGCUUGAAUCUCUACUGAAUUAAGUGCUGUUAAGCAAUUUAUGAAAGGCAUAUAAAAAAGGUUGGUUGUACUCCACAGAUUUCUCAAUUACCUGAUUGAUGAGAUGGAUGUGAUUCAUUGUAGAAUACCCCUUCCUGAAACCAGCCUGUUCUCUGGGUUGACUGAAGUCAAGGGUUGCCGUGAUUCUAUUGGAAAUUACCUUGGUGAAUAUUUUACACAGUACUGAAACCAAGCUACUGGGCCUUUAUUUCUUCCAAUUCUUUAAUGUCUCCUUCUUAUGGAUGUUGGCCUUCUUUAAGUCUCGAGGAAUUGUGAAUAAAGGGUUACUUGCUUUUUGAGUAUAAUAUGCCCUCUAUCUUUAAUCAAAUAUAGUGUUACUCCAUCUUCUCCUGUUGCAUUUCCCUGGGACAUGUCUUGCAAAGCCUUUUUAACUUUAUCACUAGUUACACAUGGAACUUCUGUAUCCAGUUCAUCACUACUUCCAAUCAUAUUAUAUACAAAGAUAAUAAAUAAAGUUCACAGAACUUAUUUUUGUCUUCGAAAUAGCUGUGAUAUGCAUCUUUCAAAUAUAGUUCUUUAGUGUGUGGUGCUUUAUUCAGCGUCCUCCUGCAGCACCUGCUCCUGAGAAGUCCUUCCUCUGUGAAAUUCUGAGCGCGACAUUGGCCGAACCGUGACCAAAACGUCAGAGGAUAAAGAC